AACGCGUUGCCUGCUGCCUCGCUUGACGGCAGUUCGUGAUUUAAAAAUUCGACAUGGCUUCCUCGUUGAUUUGCAGCGAAACUCAGAGCAGGGUGAGUUCAGUGCUACACAGAGAUGUGAAGCAGUUUGGAAAGAAGUACAUGUUUGACUGCAACGAAGAGACAUGCUGGAAUUCAGACCAGGGUGAAUGUCAGUGGGUGUCUCUGGAGUUCCCUGAGUCUGUCAAGGUUUCAGAGUUAAAGGUCCAGUUCCAAGGAGGCUUCUCAGCAAAAACAUGUAGACUAGAAGGUUGCCCAAAAGAGGGAGACCUUACAGUCAUCAGCCAUUUUUACCCAGAAGACAACAACUCUCUUCAGAUAUCCUUCAGUGUUACUGUGCAGCAUUUGAUAGAUUUAAUUGAUAGCAGGUUAAAUUCUGCUGCAUAAAUGCCGUAAUCUCUGUAACAGAUUUUUAAAAUCCAAUGCCAAAUGGGGGAAGCAACAUUUUAAAAUAAUAACAAAGCUUAUAUACAUGUCUUGACUUACCCGUAACUGCCACUGUAGCUAUAAAUGUUACACUUGACCCUUGAUUUAACUGCAUUAAUCCUAGUUUGCAACCAAAGUUGAUGCGUGCCAGAAAUAAUCUUUAGACUGACAGGCUACUUUAUCAGACGGAUUUACUUUCCACCACCAUUUUUUUCAAACAGAUGGUUAACAGAAUACUUAAUUUUAUCCUGCUUUAACACAUUAUAAAUUCAGUCUGUCAGACUGGGUUUUUACAGCAGCCGAAGCUCUACCUGUCACUCUAGGAACGCUGUGUGUUUCCUGUUACUGCUCUAGAUGGUUCGUAAUAAGUAUCAGACAAUAUUUUCCUGAACAUGCUUUUCAUUUUUACCAUGCUUAUCUUUUUCUUAACUCCACACCCACAGCUUUCCCAUACAGGAGGCCCCUGCAGUGGACAAAGUAAAAAUAAUGUUUGAGAAUAGUGCUGACUUUUUUGGGAGAAUUAUUGUUUAUUCCUUGGAUGUCCUGGGGGAAAAGGCUUCCUGACCAUUUUUUUAAAAUCAUCUCAUGAGAGAGGAAAUGGCCCCUGAGUCAAGUACAUGAUGCAGGAUGGUGUGGUGGCACUUGGGAAACAUGUCAUCUGUACUGCCACCUCAUGAACUGAUGUGAAUGUGGCCUUUUUUGGUAUGAAAGCUUUCAGGGAUGUGUCUAGCUAUCUCACCCUUGAUAACUCAAACACAGAAGGCUUGACAUGGAGUCUGAAUCUGAGUUUUAAAUGCAGAUUGUUGUGAUCAUAUAUCAUUUUGUUAUCACGCUCUCUAUACUUAUAUUGUGCCUUUUGAGUUGAAGCAUCAUUCCAGUGGAACACACAGUAUAAAAAUACAUUUUUAUUAAAACUUGUUUACAGACCUUUUUCUGCUGCUCUUCAGCCAAACAAAAUAAUUCUGCUGCACAACCAUCACAUUUGAGUCCUUGUUUGUACAGUGUUUGUACAUUGUAAUGCAUACAAAUGGAAUAAACUGUUCAAAAAAUAAAAAUGCAGUUUAGUUUAAA